AUGGAAGUAAACUAAACAAGAAAUACCAUUUCAUCUGAAACUGAUAUUCUAAUCAAAUCAAAUGAAAUGUAUCUCCAUUCAGAUGGAUUCUAUCCUUAGUCUGUCAAUUUAGAGUAAUAAACUAUUAAAUGAUUUAGAUCCAAAAUAAUCCUUUUAGACACGUUAUUUAAUUUGUAUUCUGUUUAACAUGAAAAUCUUGACAUUUAGAUAUUAAAAGAUGAAAUAAUCUAAUUCAAUAAAGAGAUAAUUAUAAAGCAACAGAAAUCUGGCAAAUAUUUAUAAGCAAUAUAUAUUAAAGAUAAAUGGACUUUAUAAUUAACAGAAGAACUUGAUAAAACAUGCUUAUUUACUAUAUAACCUUGUUUUAAAUCAUAAAUUAUUGUAACCUUUCAUCUAUCAUUAUUAGAAUCAAAAUUGCGUCACUUUAUACAAUGAAGUCCACAUUAGUUUAUCUCCCAAUAAUGAUGCUUAAGGAGAUACAUAAGAUUGCUAUUUGACUUGGGAUUCAAAAUAAAUUACAUUUACUAGCGAAGUUCAUCUAGCCACAAAUUUCAUAUUUGAAACAAUCAAUAAGGCUAUAAAUAAAUUAUAUUAUGGUUCUUUAAUUAAAAUAAAGUUAAUCGAAAAGAAUGCUUAUUUAGUGAUGACUACAAAAAGAUCUGCCUUAAUAUAAACAAAAAAUCUAAUCAAUUAAUCAAAUGCUGAUAUUUAAUAUGAUGCUUUAUUCUCAAAUAAUUUAAUAGUUACUUGGUAAGAAUAAGAAUAAAUAUCUGAAUUUGAUUUAUGGAGAAUAUAUCAUCCUCAAAAAGCCUAUUAAUAAAUUAAUUAGAAUGAUUCAUUUUAUAUAUAAAAUGUUGCAAGCAAUUAAUACAUUUCAUAGUCUAAAAUAGUAAAUAAUUUUGAAGAAGCAUCUCUUUUUUAAUUCUAAGAAAUAAAUGCUAAUAAUAAUUUUAUUAGUGGAUUUAUUAUUUAUUAAGAUAAAUAUUUCAGUUCUUCACUUUUACAACAAUAAAAUUCUUUAUUUUAUUAAUUAGAAUACAAAUAAUAAUAUACUAAAGAAGAUUAAUUAUUAUUGGAAGUAUAAAGUAAUACAAAUCAAAUCUAAAUCAAUUGGCUUCAUAGUACAGUCAAUAGAAUUCAAAAUGUUAUCAAUAUUUUUACAUAAAAUAAAGAAUUAAUAUAAUAAUCUAUUAGAUCUAAUUAAUAAAUUAAUUCUAAAUUUGAAACUAUUUAUGAAUUAUUCAAUUAACUCAUUCAAAUUUUAUCUGAUUUGAUUUGUUUUUGUUUAGAAAAUGGAUUUACAUUAAAAGUUAUUGAUAGAAAUUCUAUAUUCAAUUCAAGAAAAAAUAAAAGAAAUCAAGAUUUACUUAAAAGAUAUUAUAUCAUCUAAUAUUUAAAUUAAUUAUUAGAACUUAUCUCUUGGGAUGAUUAAUUAACUUAAUUAUCUGAUGAUGUUGAUUUUCUCCUUUCAGAAGAAUAAGAAUAAAGUUUAAGAUUGAGAAAUUAAAUUAAAAAAGUGAUUAAGACUAUAUUUUUAUUUUUCUCUGCUUUUGGUGCAUAUAAUGAAUAAAAUGGUCUCUUUAUAUUAUAUAGCUAUUCAAAACUUCUCUAGCUUCUUGGAUGUCAUAUAGGAGCAUUUGAUUGUUUAAUCUAAAUAUUUUCAACUAAUUAAAUACUUAUUCCUAUUGCAUCAUCUCUAUAUUUUAAUUAAUCAACAAAUUAACUUUAAAAGAAUGAAAUUACACUUAUAGAUUUGAUAUUUAAAAGGGGUUAAUAUUUAUAUGAGUCUAAAAUUAGAUCAUUUUGGUCAAAUAUCCCUAAAUUUCUUUAAAUUAUUUGUUUCUAAAAUGAUGUUCCAUAUAAAAAUAAUCAAAAAGCCAUAGGUUUAAAUUUAAGAGCUGAUUCAAUAAUUUUUUCAAAACUUUUUGUACAUAAAGAAGAUUAAUUAUUUUAUUUAAAGAUAGAUGAUAUAUUAAUUGAAUUAAAUCAAAUUUAUUAGAGUGGCAUUAAGAAUAAUUUAGAGAUGAUUUAAGAUUUAUAAUAAUGUAAAAAGUUUAUUGAUGAGUAUUUAAAUUUAGUUGGUUCUCUUUGCCAAAAUAGAAAUGUAUUAAAUAUAAUAUAUUUUAAAAAUAUUUUCCCUAAAUAACAUCUCAUUACAUAUGUAAGUAAUCUUAAGAAUGAUGAUUAUCUUAGAUGCAAAUUGAUAGCUAUUUUAAUUAAUUUGUAUAUAGAUUUUCAUCCAUUUUAUAAAAUCUAGAUUCCAAAAUUAAUAUUUAAAUGUUACAAAUAAUAAAAUGAUGAAGAUUUUGAUGAAGAAUUAUUAUAAAUAAAUAAAUAAUAAAUUAAUGAUGAAGAUAUUAAAUUUAUAGAAAGUAUUUAAAUAAUAGUAUAGGAUUAUCUAAAAAAAAAUUUAAUCUAAUAAAAUAAAGUUAAUUUAUGUAUUAGAAAUUAUUAAAUGUUGAAUAUGUAUUUAUAAUUACUAAGUUUUAAAUUGCCUACUUAAAAUUAAUAAUUAAAUAGAAUUAAUAAUAAUAAUAAUAAUAAUAAUAAUAAUAAUAAUAAUAAUAAUAAUAAUAAUAAUAGUUUUAUAGAUCCAAAAUUUCACCUUUAUUUUGAAUUCUUAAUUUUAGCAUUUUCAAUUCUUCCAGAUUCAAUAUCUGAGAAAUCUCCAAAUUAAGAUUUAUUAUAAUAAUUUGAAUAAUUUUCUGAAGAUAGAAAUGUUUUUAAUCUUUUAACUAAGUGUUUCAUUGAAUUUGUAUAAUAUUUAUCAGAAAUAUUUGAAAAAGAAAUCAUCUAAAAAUGUUUAAAUAAUAAUAAUGAUUAAAAUUAUAAGAAUAAAAUUAAAUUAAAUUUUAAUAUCCCAGUAUAAUAUGUUGAUAUAUCUAAUACUCUAUUGAAGAUAUUAUCUCAUAAAUAAUUAGCAUCUUAAAUCAAAAUUAAGAUUUUUAAUUUAAUUGAUAAACUUUAUUAACCCAAGAAAGCUAUAUUAUUAAGAUUUGAAUAAUGUAUGAUUUUGGAAAAGUAAAUUGAAAUAGAUAUAUGUAAAGAAAUUGAAGAAAUUAAUUAUAAGUUAUUAUCAUUAUUAUAUAAUGACAAUAUUAAGCAAUAAUAUUAAAAUCUUAUUCAAAUUUUGAAGAAUUUCAAUUAAAAACUAGAUAAUUCUGAAUAUUUAUUAAUAUCAUAAAGAAUAAUUAGGAUUUUAAAUCUUGAUUAAACUAUCUUUGAUAUUCUUAUUAAUUUUAUUUAAUAAUGUAAAAAUAUAACUAUAAGAUUGUAAAAUAGUGUUGGAAAUUAUAAUAAUUAAGAUGAAGAUAUUAUUUAAUUAUGUCAAGAAUUAUUUAAUUUUCUGAGGAUAACUUGUAAAAAUAAUUAUUAAAAUAAAUUAAAAAUAAUGAAAUAAUUUGAUGUAAUUGAAUAAUAUUUUACAAUUAUUGAUUUAGGAUAAUUUAAUCUACUUAUUACUAUUUAUGAUAAUUCUUUUGAUUUAAUUGAUUAUAUAAGUCCUAAAACUAUAUAUUUAUUAUUUGAAAAUAUAUGUUUUGGAACUAUAAGAAUACUUCAAUGUAUAUUAUGUUAAUAAAAUAUAAUCUCACAUAAAAAUCUUGUACUAAUAUUUCAAUAAAUAUCAUUAAGAUCAUAAUUUAAUGAGAUAAUAGGUUUAGGAUAAUAAAACUUUUAUAAGUUAUUUACAAUUGAUUAACAAUAAUCUAUAUAAACAUUAAUGUUAUUAGGAAAAGCACCUUAUAUAUUAUAAAUUUAAGGGUAUAAAUUUUUAAUUAAUUUAAUAUAAUUAUUUAUAUCAACUGGACAAAGCAAUUAAAAUGAGAUUUAUUAAAAUUUUAGAGUGUAAUAAUAAAAAGAGCAUAAUCAUAAUUAAAUAUAAUCUAAUAAUAAUAAACUUCAUCAUAAUUUACUAUAAAAUUGUUUUUCUUAUGUUAAUUUAUUUAGAUUGAUUUUUGCUUUAGAAGAUAUAUUUUCAAUUUAAAUAAGAAAUUGGUAAAUAGAUUCUUCAUAAAUUUAAUAAAAAAAAGAUUUAAAUUAAAUAUUCUUAAAUACAAUAUUGAAAUAUCAAUUAUUAAAAUUUCUAAAUCUACUUUUAACUUAAAGUGAAUUCUCUAAUUAUGAUGAUGAAUAUAUUGAACUUGUUAAGAUGUUUAUUAACAAUGAAAAAAAACUUUUUAAUAUAUAAAUUAUGUCCAUUGACUAUAAAAUAUAUAUUGAAAAUAUUGAAUCUCAAAAUAAAUUGAAAAUGCUCUCUAAAUUAUAUAAAGAUCAUCAUAAUGUUUAAUAGAGUGAUUUUUAGGAGAUUUCUGAAUAUUUGAUUAAUGAAUAUUUUGAAUGCUUUAUAUUCAAUAAUUAUUGUAUUUUACUUUUUGAUUUAAGUUUAAAUUUAGCUUAGAAAUUAUCAGAGUAUAUUGAUACUUUUGAAGAUUCAUCUACAAAAUCUAAAUCAAAUCGAAAUUCAUCAACUUUGAUAUUUAAGAAGAAAAGUCAAUCUAUAUCUCUUAUAGAAUUUGGAACAAAUGAAUUAAAUAAUAUAUCAUAAAAAUUAAGUCCAUUUAAUGAACUUAAAGUUUAAAUGGAUGAUCUCAUUUAUUCAAUUGAAUAACACUUAAAUGAUAAACUUACAAAAGAUGAAAUAAAAGAGAAUUAAAAUUUAUUAUAUUUAAAAUAAUAAUAAUUAAAAUUACUUUAUUUAAGAUAAUUAGAUUUUAAAGGUUUCAAAUUUGAGAUGUAAAAAAUAAAUAAGAAUAAUCUUAAUUAAGAUUAAUAUCUAAAUCCAGAAUAUUUUAAUGAUUCAAGAAUUCAUGAAAUUAUAAAAAUUUAAGGAUUACUUGAUAGUAAUAUUAUAAAAAGUGUUAUAGAAACCUUAACAAAUACACAUUAAGAUUAAGCAGAAGAAAACUUUUAGAUGUUUAAGUAAAUUUAUUAAAGAUUAUAAUUGAUGAAUUAAAAUUAUGAAAUUUUAAUUGAAAAUUUUCAUAAAAUUAUCUUACCAUUAGUUAGAAUCUUAAAAUAAAGUUUAAAUAAUCUAAUUAGUAAUUAUUAAGGAGUAUUAAAUAUUCUUGAGUUCUUUUGGUAACUUUUAGAUAUUCAUACUUACAUUAGAGCAGAUUAUGAGUAAACAGUUUAAUUAUAUGUAAUGAAUUAGAAGGAUAUUUAUAAAAGUUAGAGUGAAUAAAUUUUAUAAAACAAGGCUAUCAAAUAAAUACAAAAUUUAAUAUGUAAUGAAGGAUUUUUUGAGAUUUUAAUAUAAUUUUGUGAUUCUUAUCAAAAUUUAAGAGUUAUUCCUUUUACAGAACUUGGAUUUAUAAAUUAAGAUUUAAAAGAUUAAUUAUAUUAUAAAUUUUUAUUAGUAUCAACAAAAUUGAUUAGAGGAUAAGAAUAAGCAAAUAAGAUGGCAUAAGAUAAAAUUAUUACUGUAAUGAAAAAUACUUAAAGUAAUUCAUUAUUGAAAAUAUUUUGUUUGAAUUUUAAUUGUUUGUAAAAAUUAAAUGAUACUCAAAAAAUGAGAAAUGAAAUUAUACAAAAUCUUAAUCGUGUUUUAUUAUCUUAUGAAUUCAAUUAAACUCAUAGACUUGAAAGAAAAAAUAAUUCAUAAAAAUUAGGGAUUAUUAAUAUAUAAAUUAGAUUUUUAUAAUUAAUAGCUGAAGAUCACUUUAGACCAGCUUAAGAUUUUUUAAGGAUUUAAGAAGGAUUCUCAUAAAAUUAUGAUAUGUUAUAAUAAUUGUAAGAUAUAUUAUUCAAUCAUUUUAAUUAAGAAACAUUCAUUAAUCUUAGUUUUGAUGAUUAUAUAUUAAUAGUUGGAUGUUUUGAUUGUAUAAAGGAAUUAAUUUAAGGACCAUGUCAUGAAAAUUAAAUGAAAAUAUGUUCAAUAUAAUUCUUAAAAUUAUGCUUUAAACUUCUCAAUUUUGAUGAUUCUCAUGCAAAAUUUACAGCUAUUUAUAAAAUUUUAACUAAAGAUCAUUAAUAAUUAUAAACUCGAUCUCGAGAAAAAACCUAAAGUGAAUUUAAUAAAUUUAUAGUUAGUUAGAAAAAGACAUAAAUAUAAUAGGAAUAUGUAGAAUAUUAUAAAAAAUAUCCAACAUAUUGCAAAAGGAUAUUAUAAUCAUUUAGAAAAAGUAAUAAUAUUAAUUACAGAUUGUUUAUGCUGUCUGAAAUUAAGUACAGAUGUUCAACUACAUUAGAAUCUUUAACAGAUGACUAAUAAACUUCUUCUGAAACAUUAGAAAAAAUAAAUAGCAUAAUUACUGAGAAAUUAGUUAUUAAAAAUAUUGCAAUUUAAUAUGAAAAGUUUAAAAUUCUCCAUUCUUCUGGUAAAAAUUAUACAAAUAAAAUAUUUUCUCAUUUAUUUGGGGAUCAACAAAAAUUAUCAAUUCUUAAUUAAGAAAUUAUUUCAAAUGAAGAAAAAUUUUGGAAUAUUGAAGAGAAUAUAAAUGUAGAUGUGGCUAUAAGAGAUUUUUGUGAUUCCUUUAUUAUUGAAACUGGAUUUUCUCUAUAUAAUGUUUUAGCAUAAAUCUUUUAACAUAAAAAUAUGGAUGUUUUAGAAAGAAUUUAUGAAUAAAUUGAUUAAGAGAAAUCAUAAAAGAAAUAGCUUAAAUAAUUGUUACUUUAUAAAUUAUAUCAGUCUUGGUUUUAAUUGUAAAAAGUAACUGAAAUGAUUACUAAGUAAUUAUAUUUAUAUUAUAUUAAAUAGUAAUGUUUUAAAAGGGAAAUAAAAAGAAGCAAUUAAUGAUAAAAUAUUCUUGAAAAUUUAUAAUUCUAAGAUAAUUUAAUAAGAUAAAAAUUUAUUAAAAUAAAACGAAAAAGAAAAUAAUAAUGAAAAAGAUAAUGAAGCAGAAAAAGAUUUUGAUUAGAAGAAACUUGGCUAUAGAGCAUUAAGAUUCUAUGCAACUAGAUCUGGAUCAAUAGAAAUCAUAUUGCCAUCAAAACAGAUUAAGUAAAUUAUAUUUCCACUUUUACCUCAUUGUUUUUCUUUAAAUAAUUCAAUUAAACAGAAGUUUAGUAAAGACAUUGAUAGAACAACUUAAUAAACUAAAGUUGAAUCAAUACUUUAUAAUUCUAAUAAAACAAUUCAAAAAUUAAAAACUGAAUAUUAAUAUCAAUUAUUGUAUAAAAGACAUUUUUUAGUUAAUAUGAUAGCAGGUAAUUAAGAGAUUUGGAAAUAAAUUAUAUUUUAUGUAAUUGUUAUGUAGAAUAUUAUGAUAUUAUUAACAAAUAAUGGAAAAUAUGAUCAUGUACUUGAUGAUUUUUUGUUGGCCUUAAAUAUUUUAUAAAUAAUUUUAUAAUUUGUUUGCUUUUUCAUUUUUAUUAUAAGAAAAUUACCUUAUUUAAGAAUAAAAGCUUAAGAGAUUGUAAUAGAAAGAUAAAUAAAUAGAAUAAGAAAAAGAGAAAUAAAAUAUAAAUAUUUAGAUAAUUCAUAAAGUGUUGUAUUAUAGGAAGAUUUUAUUUUAGAAAAAACAGAUGAAUUUUUAUUAGAAUAAAAUAAAUUUGUAAGAUUUUAUUAAAAUGUUACUGAUAGGUUAGUUUUAUUUAAAUAUAUAUUUUUUGAUUAUGAAAUGAUCUAUUUUUUAAUAUUUACUUCUAUAGCUAUUUCAGGAUUAUUUACAAAAACAUUAUUAGCAUUACUUUUACUUGAUGUAUUUUGGAGAUUUCCAGUGCUAACAGCAAUGAUAAACGUAAGGAAUUUUAAUUUUAAAUUAAUAGUCCGUUUGGCGCCCAAUAAUAUAAAUUUUACUUACAUUGGCUCUUUUUUUCAUACUUUAGUAUUAUUAUUCUUUACUAAUUUAUGAUUUCUACUCUGAAGACACUAACUAUACUCCAUAUUGUUAAAGCUUGUUACAAUGCUUUUCGUUCAUUCUGGAUGUAACAUUUAAAAAGGAUAGUGGGUCUGCAGGGUAUGUUGCAGCGUCUAAUGGUAUUAGUUCCACUUAUGCAAAUCCUGAUUUCCGCUUUGGCAUACUAAACUUUUGGGAAUUCUGUUAUUAUUUCUUUGUAAUCAGUUUAACCUAUUCCAUCUUCACUGGAUUGAUCUUAGAUUCAUUUGGAGCUGAUAGAGAAGAAGCAGAAGAACUUGAGACUGACAUAAAGGAAUUUUGUCUUGUUUGCGGUAUAGACAAAGGAAUAAUAGAAAAGAAAACCAAACAUAAAAAGGGAUUCAGAUUUCAUGUGAAGAAUGAACAUUAUGUUUGGAAUUAUAUAUUCUUUAUUUCCUAUAUUUAAGGAAAAAAGAAAUCUGAAUAUAAUGGUAUUGAAAGUUAUGUGGAUGAGGAAUUAAAGAAGGAAAGUAUUUCAUGGUUUCCUAUUAAUAGAUCAUUAUCAAUUAUUGAAUAAGAUGAUGUGGUAUCAAAUAUAUAAUAAAUCAUUUAGGAUUAAAUUGAUGAAAUGAUAGAUCAAUAAAUAAUCAUGAUUUCUCAAACUAUUGAUGCCAAGUUACAUUAAAGAGGUCUUAACAAAAACCUCAAUUAGGGUUGA